AUGUCAAGGGUACAACAGGUUCUCUGUGCUGGGAGGUUGAGCCCAUUCGAUUGGCGGCGGGGCAUCAGCAGCAGCGGAACCGGCGGCACCAUGGCAGCCCAGCCAUUGAGCAGCACGGCGGCAACAACUGCGGCGGCAACGGGAGCAACUGCAGCAACUGCAGCAACUGCAGCAACGGCAGCAACCGCAGCAACCACAUCGGCGACCUUGAGCACAGCCGCUGCUUCCACCUCGACCACGGCCGCCCCAGCCGCGGGAGCCACGUGGAUGCACCACCACCUGGCGGUGGAAGCGGACGGCACUCAUCCGGCGAACGGCAGCGAUGCGCAGGCGGGCGUUGAGGGCCCCACAAUGCCGCCCGGCUACUUGCCGCUCUACGAGGAUGUGGAAACGGCGGCGGAGGACGCCGGCUACGCGCUGAUCGACGACAUCAGCGAGUGGCUGCUGGGUUCGGUGGGCGGCGAGGCGGCAGUGGGCGGGUCCGAGAACAGCACGACCUUGGCGGUGAGCAACGUUGGCGGCGCCAACGGAACCCUGGCCUGGCUGGAGGCGCUGAACAGCACGCUGCCCGCCCAGAGCAACUCCAGUGCGGAGGACGGGGAGCGGGAGCGGGGGCGGUACUCGCUGCGCAGCUUUGUGGAGCAACAGCUGGCGGGCGGAGGGGCAGCGGGAGCGGGCGACAGCGGCGAUGCUGGCAUCGCGCUGAUCGACAGCGGGGAGGAGGCUGCGCUGGACAACGUGGCGGAUGCGGAAACGGACUACGGCAUGCUGGGCGGCUUCGGGGAUGCGGAACUGCUCCAGCGGACGGCAACGGCGGCGCGCGAGACGCUCGGCAAUCGAACGGCGCCCUCGACGACCAGCUACGAUGGAGGCGGCUCUGGGGACGUGGGCGUGGCUGGCGUGGCUGGCGGACUGGCCGGAACGGCGGGCGGGGGCGCAGGCGGCGCCGGAGGAUCAGGAGGCAGCACCUUCAUGCUGCUGCUCGAAAACUUUAACGAUUAUUUUCCCAACUACAAUGGGAGCACGGUUUCGGGAACAAGCACCAUGGCGCCGGGCGUGGCCAUCGCGGGGAGCAGGGGCAGCGGACUGCUGCUCGAGCAGAACCUGACGGGACUGUACCUCGACGGCUACCGGCUGAACUGCACCAACGAGACGCUCAACAUGACCGACUCCUGCGGCGAGCUGAGAGUGGUGGACCACAACUACUGGGCGCUCAUCCUGAUCCUGUUCCCCAUCCUGACCCUCUUCGGCAACAUCCUGGUCAUCCUGUCCGUGUGCCGCGAGCGCUCCCUGCAGACGGUCACGAAUUAUUUUAUAGUCUCGUUGGCCAUCGCCGAUCUCCUGGUCGCCGUGGUCGUGAUGCCAUUUGCUGUCUACUUUCUGGUAAAUGGAGCCUGGGCCCUGCCCGACGUCGUUUGUGAUUUCUAUAUAGCCAUGGAUGUGAUAUGCUCUACUUCAUCGAUAUUCAACUUAGUUGCCAUCUCCAUUGACAGAUACAUCGCUGUGACGCAGCCAAUAAAGUACGCCAAGCACAAAAAUAGCCGCCGCGUUUGCCUUACGAUACUGCUGGUGUGGGCCAUAUCGGCUGCCAUCGGCUCGCCGAUAGUUCUGGGCCUCAACAACACGCCCAACCGCGAGCCCGAUGUGUGCGCCUUCUACAACGCCGACUUCAUACUCUACUCCUCGCUGAGCAGCUUCUACAUACCCUGCAUCAUCAUGGUGUUCCUCUACUGGAACAUUUUCAAGGCGCUGAGGAGUCGGGCGCGGAAGCAGCGGGCGGCCCGCAAGCCCCACCUAUCGGAACUCACGGGCGGCAGCGUCAUCGAGAACAUCGCCCAGACCCGCCGGCUGGCGGAGACGGCCCUGGACAGCAGUCGGCACGCCAGCAGGAUCCUGCCCGACGAGGCCGCCACCAACACGGCCAGCGGCUCCAACGAGGAGGAGGACGAGAACGCCAUCUCGCCGGACAUCGACGACUGCCACGUCAUCGUGAACGACAAGUCCACCGAGUUCAUGCUGGCCACCGUUGUCGAGGAGACGGGCAACAGCGUUGUGGCCCAAAUCAGCACACAGCCGCAGCUGGUCGUCGCCGAUCCGAAUGGUAAUCAUGAUUCUGGUUAUGCAGCCUCAAACGUUGACGAUGUCCUUGCAGGCGUGGCGCCCGCCUCCGCCUCGGCAGCCACAUCCGGCGCUCCGCGCAGCAGCGGCUCGCCGCCGGACAGUCCGCUGCCCAGUGGCGCCACCCUCCAGCGGUCCAGCGUCAGCAGCCAGCGGCGCCCCACCGGCGACGACUCGCCGAAGCGCGGCGAACCCGCCCUCAGCGUCGCCAUGAAGCCAUUGUCCUUUGUGCGGUACGGAGUGCAGGAGGCCAUGACUUUGGCACGCAACGACUCGACGCUAUCGACUACAUCGAAAACGUCCUCGCGCAAGGAUAAGAAGAACUCGCAGGCGUCAAGAUUCACGAUAUACAAGGUGCACAAGGCCUCGAAAAAGAAACGCGAAAAAUCGUCGGCCAAAAAGGAGCGCAAGGCCACCAAAACACUGGCCAUUGUUUUGGGUGUCUUCCUGUUCUGCUGGCUGCCGUUCUUCAGCUGCAACAUCAUGGACGCCAUGUGCGCCAAGUUCAAGAAAGACUGCCGACCUGGGCUCACCGCCUACAUGAUGACCACCUGGCUGGGCUACAUCAACAGCUUCGUGAACCCGGUGAUCUACACGAUAUUCAAUCCCGAGUUCCGCAAGGCCUUCAAGAAGAUCAUGCACAUGGGGUGAUUAUCAACGGCGAGCACAUCACCAGCAAUAGCAAUAGCAAUAGCCAGUUGGAUUACGGAAUGGAUCCUGUCCAGGAGAGGAUGGCGCAGUGUGCCAAAUGGAGGCCAUCGAUGCAGCAGAGAUCUCAAUUGGGCUCCAGUUUCGUUUCGUUUCGUUUGUCGUUCGUUGCGUUUCCCAAUAGCUUUAAGGUUCAGCUACUUAUGUAAAUAGAUCUGUACAUACCACUAAACUAUAUGCUAUGUGUAGCGUGGAGUGUGGAGUGUGGAGCGUGGAUUGCGAGCAGUAGGCUAGGUACAAUUUUUAACAAUUACAUUAAGCUAGCCCCAAGUAGCUAUAUAAUCCACACACAGCAAACACGCGAUUAUGAUCCCAAAGUAGCCGUAAGCAAUGCCAGGAAUACGAUUCGCUUUACCAGCAUAGAGUAGUGUCCUUCAGAGUGGGCUGCUCCCACAACCUAUCACAUAUCACGAGCAGCCAGCUAUUCCUCCCACCCAAAACCCAAAACCAAAAACCAAAAAACCAAAAAACCAAAAACCCCACGGCACACCGAACCCCCCUUCCGAUUCCCAGAAUACGAUUAGGUAAGCGAGUGUAAAGAAAUUCAUAUCCUAACCUAGAGUUAGUUAGCUAAAUGGCAGAUAUAUCGCAGUUGAAGCGGAUGCAGUAGCUAGCGGGCCUCGAGGUCGGCGCCCUCCACCACAGACACAUCCACAUGGAGCAUCCCGAUCGAUGGACCAUCGAUGGAUGGAACCAUAGAGUGACACACACACACACACGAACAGACACCACGAAUCAAAUGAGCCCCACAAAUGAAUACGAUAUCGAGGGGCGCCGACCCCGAUGAAAGUCCCGCUUAGAGGUCACUUUCAGUUCGACUUUCGGUUUGAUGUACUCGUA